GAUGCUGGGGCAGAAGAGAUGAGUAUCCCCUUUCCUAAGGCCUAGAACUGCCUGUUGAAGAGCAAUCCUGAUAAGGCAAUAUACGAAUGGCCCAAGGAAGCCAGCAAAUUGAUAUUCAGGUUUUACAUGACCUGCGACAGAAGUUUCCUGAGGUCCCUGAAGGUGUUGUAUCCAGAUGCAUGUUACAGAAUAACAACAAUUUGGAUGCCUGCUGUGCCGUUCUCUCUCAGGAGAGCACAAAGUAUCUCUACGGUGAAGGAGACCUAAGUUUUUCAGAUGAUUCUGGGAUUCCUGGACUACGAAAUCAUAUGACAUCUCUUAAUUUGGAUUUGCAGUCACAGAAUGUGUACCACCAUGCAAGAGAAGGAAGUAGAAUGAAUGGAAGUAGGACUCUAGCUCACAGUGUUAGCGAUGGACACCUUCAAACCAGUCAGUCCCACAAUGAACUAUUUAAGCAGGAACCACAGAAGGCAACUGCGCAGGUUCCACAAGGAUUUAAUGUCUUUGGAAUGGCUAAUACAGUUAGUGCUUCUAAUCCAGGGCAGCAUCUUGGACUUCACCUAGGCAGCAAGGGAGUAUCUGGCUUGUCUCAACAAACGCCCAGAUUCAACCCCAUUAUGGUAACUUUAGCCCCAAAUAUUCAGCCUGGCCGCAACACCCCUACAUCUUUGCACAUACAUGGUGUACCUCCUCCUGUUCUUAACAACCCACAGGGAAACUCUAUCUAUAUUAGGCCUUACAUCACAGCUCCUAGUGGUACAGCUCGACAGACACAGCAGCAGCCAGGCUGGGCAUCUCAGUUUAAUCCCAUGCACCCUCAGCAAGUCUACCAGCCUUCACAACCAAGCCCCUGGACUACUCUUCCUACAUCCAAUACUACGCCACAUACCUCAUCGCAACACUCAACGCAGACAAAUCAGCAAGGCCACCAGACUUCUCAUGUCUAUAUGCCUAUCAGUUCUCCUACAAAUCCACAAGCACCUAUGAUUCAUUCAUCUGGUAGCUCGCAAUCGUCUGCUCAUAGCCAAUACAACAUUCAGAAUAUAUCCACAGGACCUCGCAAAAACCAAAUUGAAAUCAAACUUGAACCACCGCAGAGAAACAGUUCUUCUAAGUUGCGCUCAACUGGCCCUCGCACCUCCACUACACCCUCUUCCCUCAACAGCCAGACGUUAAGUAGAAGUCAACCCACUGUUUACAUAUCGGCCAGUCCUCCCAGUACUGAUGAAGUGAUCACUCGCGGUCAGCCUAAGGUCUACAUUUCAGCAAAUGCCACAGCAGGGGACGAUCAAAUCGUGCGGAACCAGCCCACGCUUUUCAUAUCGACAAACCCUGGAGUAUCUGCCGCUUCUAGGAAUAUGUCUGGUCAAGUAAGCAUGGGUCCUGCAUUUAUUCAUCACCAUCCACCCAAAAGUCGAGCAGUGGGCAACAGCACCACUGCAACCUCUCCUCGAGUGGUGGUCACGCAGCCUAACACAAAAUAUACUUUUAAAAUUACAGUUUCUCCAAAUAAGCCCCCUGCAGUUUCUCCAGGGGUAGUGUCCCCAACCUUUGAACCUACAAACCUUCUAAACCUUCCCGAUCACUAUGUUGAACCAGAGGGUAUCCAGCAUCUUGCUGACCCUGUUUUAGCACAUGUGGAUAGGAUCAGUGAUGCACGGAAAUUGAGUAUGGGAUCUGAUGAUGCUGCCUACACACAAGCUUUACUGGUACACCAGAAAGCCAGGAUGGAGCGACUUCAACGGGAACUUGAGAUUCAAAAGAAAAAGUUGGAUAAACUAAAAUCAGAGGUUAAUGAAAUGGAGAAUAAUCUAACACGAAGGCGCCUGAAAAGAUCGAAUUCUGUUUCCCAAAUUCCAUCACUGGAAGAAAUGCAACAGCUACGAAGUUGUAACAGACAGCUGCAGAUAGACAUAGAUUGCCUAACCAAAGAGAUUGAUCUUUUUCAAGCAAGAGGACCACAUUUUAAUCCCAGUGCUAUUCAUAAUUUUUAUGAUAAUAUUGGAUUUCUUGGUCCGGUGCCACCAAAACCCAAAGAUCAGAGGUCCAUUGUGAAAACGCCAAAGACUGUUCCAGACACAGAUGAAGACGAGGGAGCUCAGUGGAGUUGUACUGCCUGUACUUUUUUAAAUCAUCCGGCCUUAAAUCGCUGUGAACAGUGUGAAAUGCCCAGGCAUUUCUGAGCCAACAGGCCUGUUAUCUCCUGAAAAACGAUAGCAAACCUACAAGGAACUAUCCAGUCAUUGAGGGGCAAAAAAGCAUUUACGCGUAGGGUUUUUAUAAAAUUGAAGGUGUGCCAAGAUGGUAUUUUGCUAAUGUUAAAUGUAAGCCCACAGAGCUAGUGAUACCUCAGUGUUGUGUCGCAGGCAGUUGCAAUUCGUCGGCCAAGAGCCUCGGUCGGAGCUGCCUGAACCAUGUCCAGUGUUACGAGUACCCCAGUAAAGCACAGCGUGCCCCGUGCUCGGCUGGCGCCCAUCCUCUUCUGUGCCCGAUGUCACUACUGAAUUUGGCAGGGGAAAGGAAUAGAAGCUAGAGUUUUUGUUUUCAGAGCUUUUGGUGAAACACUACAUGCACAGAGGAAAUCUAAAAGGAACAAGGUUUAACUGUUUAACUGUUUGCUGCCACAUGGUGCCUUUGAUAAGGGGAAGAACUUCACAAAUCAGUGGUACUCUUUGCCUUGUCUUCCCUGAAAACAUCUCUGUGAAGCCAGAAUCAGUACAAUCACUUCUAAAGAUGAAAAGGAAAAACUGCAUGCGUUGUCUGUACAAUACACACAGUGAAAUACCCCAGAGCUUUUCCUACUGUACAUAGCUCUAGAGCCUGCUUUAAGUGAUUUCUUUUCUUCACCUUUAUUAUUUUCUUGUACUUCUGUAUGUAUAGUGUAAUAGUCUUUUUGUUAACUUUCUUUUUUUUUCCCUUUAAGUGAUUAAGCACGAUCAUGUCCCUUUUUUAAGCUUUUUAUCCGAGAGAAGCAAUGCCUUAAAGUAAGAGCAUUAAUAAGAAACUAUGCACAAAAUAGCUUUCCUCUGCUCAUUCUGUACAUUGCUCUUGUAAAUGCUGAUGAUCUGUGAAGACCUGCAGAUGCAGCGUGGUAACAAUGCAGGAAAAGUUGGAAGAGUUAUGCAUAUAGUUCACUCUGUACACUGAGUUUUACGGUGGGUGACACAAAGUAGUAUUUUGUCUGGCAUGUGGAAACUUUAAAGUAAGAAACUUUCAACCCACCAACAGAUCCGCGUCCCGUUUAAGCUUGCUUCAUCUGCUGGGUAUCUGCAGACUCUUGAAGAGAGAUCCAUUGGGGAAGUACAUACAGUGCCAAAAUCAACAGCAGCAGCAGCACACAGCUUUGUUCAAGAACUUUACAUGCUUUCCUGUUUUGGCAGCCAGUGUCUAAACCUGACUUUGUGGUGAAGUCUCAUAUUUAUAGAAAACAAGGAUAGCAAUAUUUAGGACAACUGAAAUAAAGGCUGGAAAAGAGAAAUCAGACUUGAACACUGAAGCAACCUCAAGCAUCUCUUUGUUUUGAUGAUCUAUUUUUUUUAAGGAAAACGUUCACAUGAUCAGGAAUGUAUGUAACAGAUCAAGAGAAUGGAAUUGCAGUGCAGUGUGCAUGACACAGCACACAGAAUUAUGUAGCAGCACUUAGAGCGAGGCUGGAGGGAGUGCUCACGAUGUAGCGAGAGGCAAAGCAGACUGUCACCCACUGUAAACGUUUGCCAGUGGACACUUUUAGGAAUUUUACAAGUGAUCUAUGUGAAUGCACAAAGGCCUUUGUUUUGAAGGCUUUGCAUUUUUUUUAUUGUGGGAAGAAAACGCCAAGCCCAGGUAGUUAGGCAGUAGACCCAAAGCACUUGCAUUCAAUGCAUUUUGUGUAUUAAAUGAGGCCUUGUUUUUCAGCUUCAUCUGCAGUUCUAUGUGAAGAUUGACAAAUCAGUUUUUACCUGUUUUAUUAAUAAAACCUAAUUUGGAUAUCUUGAGUUGAUGGUUUUGUGAUUUAGCUGGGUAAACUGUCUUUGUAACAGAUAAGUUAUUUAUAAAAAUUAAAAAAAAAUUAUAUUCUA